AUGGUUAACAAGUCCAUGCGGUGCGCGAGCAAGGCCGCCGAGAGCGCGUCCGCACGUCUCUGUGCGGACGCCGAAGCAGAAUCCGCUGCAACUGAUGCCUCAUCGGUUGCUGAAGCAACUCAGCCUGUGUCACCUGGUGAUGCAGGCGCUCUUCAUGAAGACACUCAUGUCUUCACAGAGUAUGAGCUCGGUGUCUCAUACUCUCCUGAUACGGAAGACGGAUCCGUAUCGACGGCGAUCGAGUCCAAGCCGCCUGCCAAGCGUGGCAUGGAUGAUGCUACGCGUCGUAGCAUCUUUGGUUCGUCUGAAGAAUUAGACGAGCCAUCGCCGAAGCGAAGGCGCUCGAGAUCGCAAGACUUGGGCGCUCACAGUGGUGUCGGUUCUCCUAUGGACACCACUUCACAGCGAGGUACCAGUACUUCUGUCGGCACGUCGCAGGAAGAGCGGGACCGCAGUGUGUUGGGUCUCGCUCCCGAGAAGAAGGCAUGGAUGCCUCCCAAAUCCGUCAUGGAUCACUUGUCGGCGACGACGAGUGAUCGUUAUCGAACACGAUUGUUCGAUUCGUCAAGGAUUCAUCACCUUGACCCCAGUGCGAAAGACUAUCGCACUGAACAUGAGUUCUUCAUCGAUGCUUUCUUUAGACAUCGGUGGUACAGUGGGAAUCACAAACUUGAUGGUCCAUCACUGCUUCAAGCGUGGAACGCUUACAUCCAUAACCUUGAGGAUGUAGGUCGUGACGAUUGGAACGACAAACUUAUCAAAGCUCGUGAAAAAUCGAAAAGCGAACCCCGACAGGUGCACGCUACAAGCUGCAUCGUCUGUCAAGGGAGAAAGGAUUAA